AUCCUCUUGGGAGCAAUGCUUACCAUCAAGAGAAGAAGAAAUGCAUAUUCCUACUCCUAUUACUUGAAGCUAGCCAAGAAGCAGAAGGAGACUCAGACCAGCACGCAGAGGGAGAUGGGUCCUGUGGCUACUUCUGACAAGACUUCUACCAAACUCAGUGCUGUUCACAAUGAAGAAGCUUUUUCUUCCAGCUGCCAAGAUGUUAAUGGAUUCAGUAAGUUUAACUUGCUUGCAAUGGAUAUGUCCCCCUUGGAGAGCUCUAGGUUCUUAAAAGGACCUAUUCCUAUGGGCACAAUACUGAGGAGCUAGGAAUGACAGUGAUAGAGAUCAUUGCAAAAGCUUGAUAGAAACCAGUUAUCUGAAAUGUCUCUGACACUGCCCCUAUUAUAACUGUCAGAGAGGUGCAGAGCAUUCCUUCUGACUCUAGAUCUACUGAGAAUAAUUUAUAAAGUCUGUUCUAAUAACUACAUCAGACAGUCAAAAAGGCACAUUUAUUUAUUCUUCAGAAAUAAUUUUUUCCUUUGUGAGUAGAAGACUCGAAUCAAAUCAUGUAGCUGACUUGUAGGAUGAAAUAACAUUUUCUGUAUGAAAUUGUUAUAAAAGAAAGCAUGGUCUCCUGGUUAGAGAACUGGAAUGGAAAGACAGCAUUUAUUCUUUUGUCUGUGUCCUCUGUUUCUUCUUCACAUGGGUUCAUUAAAGCUAACCUUAGUUAAUACUUGCAAGCCACUCAGACCUCUGUAGCUGGAAGAGUUUUGUGGGUAAAGCAGCACAAAGUCGUAUUUUAGCCUCGCUAGAUCCAGAUGGAGUGCAUGGUGGAUUGCAUGGUGGAUUUGUAAACUUUUUUGUGUUCAAUAAAUUAUAACUUAGACACU